AUGCCGUUCCCCCGUCACAUCUUUGCCCACGGCUCUCCGCUCGCCCGAUGCGGUUCGGCGGGCUUGGCCGUUGUGGCCACAGCUUCUGCGUUGCGUUAUUCCGAUAGCUUUUCUGUCCACUGCGCGGAAUCAGGAGGUAGCCAUCGUCGGCCGCCUGGAAAACCCACGAUGUUCGUGCGAGAUCCAGACGAUUUUUCUAGAAAGUGGAAGAAGUUCUCCAUGGACGGACUGGACAAACUUGUGGUCAUUGCAGAUUUUGAUUACACCCUCACUCCUGCAUACAAACCGACGGAUGAUCAAGCCGCCAGUACACACGGACUUUUAAUGCAGAGCGAGGCAUUGGGUCCGCUAGCAAAGACUGUUGCGCGUGGUAUUUUCGAGAAGUAUUACCCUAUCGAACAGUCUGCGACACUGACGCAAGAAGAAAAACUGCCAUUCAUGAUCGAAUGGUGGACAAAAUCGCACGAGCUUCUGAUCGAGCACCGCGUGUCAAAGGAGGCUGUAUUCCGAGCCGUAGAGAAGAGCGACAUCGUGCUUCGCGAAGGUUUUAUGGAAAUGUUCGACGUGUUGGCACGAGAGAAUGUGCCUACACUUAUCUUUUCUGCGGGUCUUUACGACGUGAUCCACGCUGUUCUGGCCAACGAGUAUGCUAAGACUCCGGUGAAGACCCUCCCAGAAAAUGUGCACGUUGUAUCGAAUAUGAUGAUGUUUGAUGAAGAUGGCACGAUUGUUGGCUUUGAUGGAACGCUUAUUCACAAUCUAAACAAGACUGCGAGUGCGCUAGUAGAGACCGAGUUCUGGAAACAGUGUCAGUUGGAGAAACGCCGUAACAUUUUGCUGUUGGGCGAUUCACUAGGCGACUGCAAUAUGGCCAACGGACUGGAUUUUAACGAGAACGAAAUCGUGCGCAUCGGUUUCUUGAAUGACGGUGCUGAAGAAAAACUAGACAUCUACUUGCAACACUUCGAUGUUGUCCUCAUACAUGACUCAAGUUUGUUACCAGUCGCGCUACUGUUGCACCAGAUCCAGCCAUGA